CAGAAAGCGACAGCAAUAUGGCGGCGCCCAUGGGGCGCAUGAUUUUACCGUUUUAGCUGUAUAUUUUAGCAGAACCGGCCGUUACAUUCAAUAAUAUGUCUGACGAAGAAGGCUUCGCUGUAGAAGUGGUUGUAGACAAGCAAGACGGCAGAAAAGUGCCAUCAUGUCCCCAUGGCCCCGCUCUACUCUUCGAGAGGCUGUGCAGAGGACGGCGCUCUGGGAGGCGCUUCUUCGCGUGCUCGGCGUGCCGGGACCGCAAGGACUGCAGUUUCUUCCAGUGGGAGGACGAGCAGGUGUCCGAGGCCAGACUGUUGGCGCGAGAGCGCGAGAACGAGACAAAGCAGCCGCGGCCUCACGCGGAGUGGCGCCUCAGGUUGGGGCGGUUUGUGUCUCUGCCCUUGGACCAGAGGAGGUUUUGCAAGGACUGCCAGCUGCUGCUGCUCCCCAACGAGUGGGGCGACCAUUCGGGUCACACGGUGCUCCACGAGGUGACGGCGGCCCGUCUGAGGCGGCCCAGCCUGCUGCUCCGGCCACUCGAGAAUAAGAAGAGCAACGCACAGUACCUGUUUGCUGAGCGCAGCUGCCGCUUCCUUCUCGAGCUGGUCCGCAGACUGGGCUUCCAGAAGGUUCUCUGUGUCGGGACCCCCCGACUCCACGAAGCGAUCAAGCUGAGGAAUAUGGAGGAGAGCGCUGAGCCCAUGAGGAGUCUCCUGCUGGACAUCGAUUUCAGGUACGCGCAGUUUUACGCCCAGGAUGAGUUCUGUCACUACAACAUGUUCAACCAUCACUUCUUCGGUGGGGAGGCAGCUAAAGGGCUGUUCGAGGCCUUUCUGCAUGAGGAGGAUGGAGCCAAGGUUGUCAUGGUGACGGACCCUCCGUUCGGAGGCCUGGUGAAGCCUCUCGCUCACAGUUUCACCCAGAUCUCCGAGACGUGGCGAGCUCUUCGCACCUCAGAGAACACAAGCCACGAGAUGCCCAUGUUCUGGAUAUUCCCAUACUUCUUUGAGUCACGCAUCCUGGAAUGCUUCUCCACAUUCUCCAUGUUGGAUUACCAGGUGGACUAUGACAACCACCCGCUGUACAAGCAUGGUAAAACUGGCCGGAAGCAGUCACCUGUUCGCCUCUUCACCAACCUUUGUCCCUGUGACAUAGUCCUACCUGAGGAGGAGGGAUACAGGUGGUGUUCAGUCUGCGAGCGCUAUGUCUCGUCUGGCAAUAAACACUGCAGUGCCUGCAACGCGUGCACAUCUAAGGAUGGACGGCAGUGGAGACACUGUUCCUUGUGCAACAAGUGUGUGAAACCAACGUGGCUCCACUGUCCCACCUGCGGCCGCUGUGCCCUCCCAGAGCAUCUGUGUGCAAGUCGCGGGGCCCCAGAGCAGUGCUUCCUGUGCGGCAGUCCUGGACACAAGCGCAGAGCCUGUCCUCACAGUGCCCAGCAGAGAGUCUCCUGCCGGAGGAGCCGCCAUCCAGGGAGAAACCCCUCCACGCGCCGCGCCUGCAGGACGGCAGCAGCUUCCAGAGCAAAGAAACGCGAGGUCACGUGAACCGCAUGAGUGUACAUGUCCGUGUGGAAGCGCACCACUUACACAUACCUUCUCUCACGUGAACUCUUUGCUGGUCUGGGCCCGUCGGCAGGAACAGUUGUUAAUUCACCAUUUAGCCGUUCCAGCGAUGGGAGAGUCCUCAGUAUGUUGUUUGAGCUUUUUUAAUAAAACACUUUCAGUUAAAGUGAAAAUAUUUUCUUUUUUCUCGCAGGGGGUCUAACUGAUUGAUGCAAAUUUUUGUUGUAGAAGUGCAAGCUGUCAUUGCAGGACUCGACUCCAGCACGUGGACUGUGUGUGUG